AUGCAGUAAUUAUCUUCAAAUCUUGAAAAAAGGAAAUUCUUUAUCUUUGAAAGCUCAAAUUAUGUUGAAAAUAAAGUUCUUUUUGAUGAAGUCUCAUGUUAAAAGUGUUAUCAAGUUCAGCCAAAAAUGAGACAAUGUGAGAAAUGCUCAAAUGUAUAUUGUCCAGAUUGCUUUGAUACUAAAACAAUCAACGCAAUCAAAUGCUGUCCAAACUGCCAGUCGAUUAAUGAAGUUCUGAUGCCUAACCAGAGACUGCUCGCUUUAAGUUAAAUUGUUUUUAAAUGUAAAUUUAAUGAAUAUGGAUGCGCUACUUGCUUAAAUAUGGAAAAUAUAAAUGCGCAUGAAGAUACAUGUCCUUUUAAAGACUAAGCCAAAGUUAAUUUAUAAGAAAAUAACUAAUUUAUAGGUUCUAAUUCUACUUUAGCAUAUUCUAUGGCUUAAUCUUCACCAGUAAAGAGCCUAAAUCAAGGGCAAAUAGAAUAAAGCAAUAUUUUUCAGUCUGUAUUUAGAUAACCUGAAACUGACUAAGAUUUUGUCACUCUUGCUGAAUUCAAGCAAGUUUUAAAUGAAAUAUCUAUACUUAAAUAAAUAUGUGCAGCAAAUUUUAAGAAUUAUUGCAACAGUGGUCAUCAAUUAAAGUAUGAAAGUAGAGAUUCUACAAUAACUCGUCAAGUAGUUUGCGAUGUUUGUAAAAGAGAACCUUCUAGCUAAUCUGUUGGUAGCUACAGAUGUGGUGCUUGUGAUUUUGAUCGCUGUGAGCAAUGCUUUUAAUAAAAUAGAAUAUUUUGA